AUGUCUUUUCCCGCAGCGAGGACGCGGAGCGCGGAGCCGGAGGUCACAGCAGCGGCGGCGGCCCCGUUCGGGUUCUUGCCCCAGCACGGGCAGGACGAGGAUGGGCUGGCGCCGUUCGAGCCGCUACCACUGGACACAUGGGUGCGAGGAGCAGCGGUGCACCCGGACUUGUCGUCGGACGUUGAGGAGAAGUUCGCGGGGGUGCCGCAGCUAUCGGCCUCCGUCAUCGAUGACACCGUGAGACGCAUUGAGAAGGGCGCCAGGGCCUGUAUCGCGCCUUGUGCCACCGUGCACCCGUUCGGAUCGACCGUGAACGGGUUCGGGGAGACGACGUCCGACCUGGACGUCUUCGUCGCCGUGGACGAGGAGGAGCUCGCCUACUACAUGGGCUUCGCGAGCCAGUGCAGGCAGGAGCGCCAGCUCGCGGAGGUCCAACAACAGCUGGGCGAGGCGGGCGUCGGGCCCGCCUCGCCGGGAAGGCACCAGCCAGAGCGGGCAGCGGAUACGGGGAAGGGGGCCAUCUCUUGCGCCGUGCAGCAGCUCGCGGACUUCCUGCCGGGGCAUAGCUUCAAGGUCGUCCGCUGCCUGCCGCACGCACGGAGGCCGCUGGUCACGCUCGCGGACAAGGGCGGGGAGCUCGACGAGAUCGACGUGUCCAUCAACAACCGCUUGCCGCUGUACAACUCGAGGCUCCUCAAGGCCUAUUCCUCGCUGGACGACCGGGUCAGGCCGCUGGUCCUGCUGGUCAAGGACUGGGCGAAGCGGAUGCGGGUGUGCGGUGCCAACGAGGGCAACCUCUCGUCGUACACGUGGACGAUCAUGGUGGUGUACUUCUUGCAGCUGGCUGGGGUCCUGCCCUCGCUGCAGGCGCUGGCCGACUCUCCGAACACCGUCCAGGACGUCGACUACUGGGGGCACCCCUGCGAGUUCAACACUGGCUUCGUGCGCGCCGAGGACUACAAGCAGGAGCGAGAGCGCGCCGCCGCGCGGCAGGAGGCGGGCGGGUCGGGCGGCGAGCAUUUCACGCUGGGCCACCUGCUGUUCGGCUUCUUCCACUUCUUCUGCCACGAGUACCGGUGGGGCGACGAGAGCCGACAGAGCGAGGUCGUCUCGAUCCGCUGUGCCGACCGCCGGAGGGCGGACCCGUGGUUUCUGCUCUGCGGGAAGGUCCACCCCGAGCCGAACCUCCACGUGGAGGACCCCAUUGAGCAACGGGACCUCAACAUCGUGCUCAGGAGGGAGCGGUUGGCGCAGCUGCGGGCCGAGCUGGACAGGGCCGCGGCGCUGCUCGCUGGGGGCGGCAGCCUGGAGGAGCUGCUGUCCGCGAGGCCGCUGGGGCCGCUGGCGCUCGCCUUCGCGCGCUCCGGGCGCCACCGGCCGCGGAGGGCUCGCUCGGGGGGCCGCAAGCGCGAGGGGAAAGCUGGGGCCGCAACGGAGUUUCAUUACUCGAUUCAGGGUUCUUGUGGCGAGGUGUUGACCCUUCUGCCGAGGUGACCUGUACUCGUUUUCAGAGGUUUUGGGAUUCCUGGGCUUUCUUGGGAUGUUAUCGCGGGGGGACGUUCUGGAAGCGUCAGUGGGCAAACCAUUCGCAGGUGUUCCUGCGUCCUUGGAAUACCACCUCUCUGGCGCGCUCAGCCAACUCCGGUAGGCCGAUCAGCUUCGGACUCCAAUGUUUGGCUCCAUCAAUUGUUGACAAUGCUCGACACGUCCCGGAUGAGCGUCCAACGCCGUGAUCCCGACGAGGUGGCACGGUGCGUUUUCUGUGUGUGUGUGUACAGAUUGCCCGAGCCGUUAGAAUUGCAACAGAGCCUUGCAAAUUGGCACAAGCGAUCCAUUCAUUGAGGAUAUCACUUGAGUAGCACAUUGCGUUUGGAAAUGCGUAAAGUUCUGACGUACAAAACAGUUAAUGAGGAGAAUAAUGCCGUACCGUGACUGAGCACAGAAAAUUGCUAGACCUGAAGAGGUGACCAUAUUGGGCAGAACACACAUGAGACGCGACAUGUUCAUGCCCAUCUCGUCGUUCUGAUUCUCCCCUUGAAUGCUCUUCCUCCGCUUACUCUUCUGCACCCUCACCCCUCUUUCGGCACCUUCCAGUGGGAGAACAGAUCACGGACCACCAUGCCGCUAGCUUGCGUCUCUCGACUUGACCCCAGCUCCCGCUCGGAGAGCUGGCUCGCCCUCACGCCACAGCGCUCCGCCCUGCGAGGAAGCUGCGAAGCUCGGUGAUGCCGCUGUCCGUGGAAGCGACCUCUGGCGUGAACCUCGUGACGCAGAAGGUGCUGGCCGCGGUGGCGCAGGAAGGGUGCGGGCAGAGGGUGCGGGCAGGGAGCGAAGGGUUCUCGUCGAACUGCCAGACCGAACUACCCUUUGACCAGCCAUGCCGCGCCUAUGGCCUACGACCCUGGCGACCAGAGGAUAGCCUCCAAGAGCUGUAUCUGCCGGCCCGCGCCGCCAGGACUAGCUCGGGGUACCCACGAGAGGGCGGCUGAGGAGGGCAUCCGCGCCGCCGCGCCAGAACUUUUUGUUUGAGUUGCGUGAUUUUCGAACUGGUUGGAUGGUGCAGCAAGCUGUUGCUCUCCAGUGUUUGAAUAUGUGUAGAUACAAACUCAGGCUUGUGGACGUUUUAGACGCCCUUUCUAUACAGUUCUCCGAAUGCAUUUUCCAUUGGCGACCAAGUAGCACCUACAGUCAGCCUACAGAACUCGCCACGAGAAGUGCGCAUGACCUUCAGCACACGCUUCUUGAUCAUGGGCUCACGUCAGGGCCAGGGCGUCAAGGGACGAGCAGACGAAAAGGCGACCGUCAUCCUUCCCAUGCCGACAGCCUGUUUUCGCUUGGUUGGCGCCGGUGCAAAACGUGAAUGCCUGGUCGGGGUCCGCACGACAUCACGCUUGCGACCACCCGCGCUCCCCAGGGGGGAUUCGUGGAUACGGUUGGUUUGACGUGCUUCAUUGUCACCGAAA